AUGGAGGUUGUUGAAUCAGAAGAUAUCUCUGUUCAACUGGAACAAAAGGUUGUUGUUGAUGAUGAUGUAGUUGAGGACAGAGAGGUUGUUGAACAACAACAACAAGACCUUGUUGAGGAAAAGGUGGAGAAAGAGUCUGACCAUCAUGAUGAACUCUCUUCUGCCUCACCUGAUGAAGCCAAACCUUCACAAGAUGAGCCAGUCAACAACGACAACAAUAACGACAUCGAGGAUGUUGAUGAACAAACAAAAGAAGACAAUCAGUGUAAUAUUAGUCAAGAAGAGCAGGUGCAAGAGCCACAGCAAUCAGCAGAGGAGGAGGAGGAGACGUCAACAGAGACAGUUGAUGAUGUUCCAAGUGAGGAUGUUCAAACUCAAUUGCCAGCAACAACAACACCUGAUCAAUCUGAACAACAACAGACUCCUCCAACAGUAACUCCACAAGCGGCAACACAGUCACCUGCUGCACCACAAUCACCAUCAGUUCAAUCCGAGCAAGCAGCACAACCCGUUGUGUCAUCGGUGGUGUUGCAUCAUGGAGCCAAGUUGAUUCAGGUCACUGGCAGCAAGGAGCCAUUCUACUUCAUCCCUGUACCAUUAACACACAAGUCUUUGAACAAGUCCGACGCAUUCAUCAUGCAGAGCGACAGCUACAUGUUUGUCUGGGCCACUGACAAAUGUCACAGCCAAAAGAAGGCCAAGGCCAUCCAAAUGGCUCAGCGUCUAAAGGCCGAGAUCGGUUGUCAGAGAGCUGUACAAGCACUUGAGGUUGGCGAGGAACAUCCAACUUUCCUUUGGUGCCUGGGUGUGGCCAAGGGAGCAAAGCUUAAUGUGCGACUGGAGAGUAGCGACUUGUUGCUUGAUGAGGAUGGAACUGAGCGCGGACCAGACUACUUUUUGUAUCGCGUUGGCAAGGUCGAUGGCAAGCUUAAUUGCAUACCUAUCGAGGAGCCAGAGAUCACGCAGGAGAUGCUUGUGUCGACCAGCUGCUUCAUCCUCGACUGCGAGUUUGAGAUGUACGUGUGGCAGGGCGACAAGUCGUCGAUGGAGGAGAAGGAGGUGUCCAUGACGCUGGCCAAGCGCUUCCUCACCAUGUUUGAGCGACCCAGCAACACGAUUAUCCAGGCCGAGUUUGACGGCGCCGAGGGCUGUCUGUUCAAGAGCAAGUUCAAGCAGUGGAAGGAGAAGGAGCGCGCACCGGGCCAGUCCUAUCUGAAUCUGGGCAAGAAGAAGGAGGCGCUCACCUUUGACGUGAAGGAGAUGCACGCCGACAAGGAGGUCCUCGGUCUGAAGCUCGGCGCCAACGACAACAAGGGCAAGAGAUUGGUGUGGUCCUGUGUCAAGGGCCAGUGGAAGAAGGUUGAGGAGGAGGACUUUGGCAUCUUCUUCUCGAACCGCUCAUACGUCUGCAACUACAUCUAUCGUCCCGAGGGCAAGAACUCGAUCAAGUCCAUCAUCUUCUAUUGGGAGGGAUGCUAUUCAAGCAGUCGUAACUACAUCUCCUACAAGUUUGGACUAUUCAAGGACAUUCAAAAGAAGAUGCAAGCGCUCCAAGCUGACGAUCCCAUCGAGUUCCGUAUCACACAGAACAAGGAGCCACAAGAGUUCAUCCAACUGUUCGAAGGAGAGACCAUCGUAUUGAAUGACGAGUUAUCAUUGUCAAGACCAAUGAUGUUCCAGGUACGUGGAGUGGAAGGAAACAUUCGUGGAACAGAGCUGAAUGAGAUAUCAGCGGCAAGACUAUGUUCAACAGAUUCAUUCUCAAUCAUUAUACCAAAGAAGUGUAUAUUGGUGUGGCACGGCAAGGCCAGCAGCGAGUUGGAGAGACAGCUGGCAGCAGACCUCUACACAUUCUUGCCCCCAGAGUAUGAGUCGGGCAUGCGCGAGAUUGAGGAGGGAAGCGAGCCCGAGUCCUUCUGGAAGAUCAUCGGUGGCAAGCUUGACUACGCUGAAGAGGACACCAACGCCAAGCCCAAGAAGACCAAGUUGUUCUUGUGCACAGAGAACAGUGGCAUCUUCAAGGCGGACGAGGUCAAGCCAUUCGCUCAGGUCGACUUGAACCACGAGGAGAGCUGUAUACUCGAUCGCUACAACGCCGUCUACGUAUGGAAGGGCUGCAAGACCACCGAGUCAAAGUUCAAACUUACAAUGGACGUCGCUCAAGAGUACAUUGCCACAGCAGAGGACGGUCGUUCAAGUGACCAAGAGGUGAUUGUCGUCACCGACGGUGAUGAGCCAUUAUUGUUCAGAUCUGCAUUCAUGUCUUGGAAGGCAUCUCCACCAAAGGUGUUUGUCGAUCCCCUGGAAGUCAGAAGACAAAAGGCUUUGGAGGAUGAGAAGGCUGCCGCCGCCGCUGCGGCCGUAGCUGCUCUGGUCUCUGAGACCACUGAGCCAGUAGCUGCUCCCGUCCAAUCACCAACAGUCGAAGCUGCCCCUGAAGUGGUGGCCGAGUCACCAGUCGUCGAGGUGGAGUCGCCCGCACCAGAGUCAGUUACCCCAGUUGCCUUGGAAGAGGCAGUUGAGCCACCAACUCAGGACACAGAGUUGGUUGAUGAGCCUGUCGAGGUCACACCUCCAGCAUCAGAGACAAAACCAGACCAGGUUGUCCCAGAGCCAGAGACAACAUCAACGUCAACAAUGACAACUACUAUAGUGGUCUCCCCAACAAUGCCUGCUACUGAGGAGGUCAAGGCAGAGGAGCAGGUGAUGUUGUCAGACAGUGGUGACCUUUUGUUUGCCUAUCCAGCAUUCCAAGGCAGUCCAAAAUCAGCCUCAAAGAAGGGCAACAAGAAGAAGAAGCCAAGAAACAGAAGUCUAAGCCAGAACAACACACCAAUAUCCAGUGCACCAAUAUCCAAAUCAUGUGAACUACCUCCACCUCCAUUCAGUCUAGACACAGCCAACAUCAACAACAACAACAACAAUAAUAAUAAUAGUAACAACAACAAUAAUAAUAUAAUCAACCAUAGUCCAAGGAAGAGGAAUGGUAAACACAACAGAACAGGAUCACAUGGAUCUCCGAUCAGGAUACCAUCCAACACCAAUUUGAAGGACUACACACCAAAGAACAAGAGUGGACUUAGCAGUGUAACCACUAUUGACAACAACAACAGCAACAACAACACUGAACAGUGUGCCGAUGCCGAGGUCAAGGACGAGGUCGAGGUAGAAUCUGAUGUCAACAACACCAACAACAUCAACAACAAUACUGAACUCGACGAGUCAUAA